GUCCUCAAUUACGACUCACACCUCUGACUCCUCUCUCUCUCACACAUCCUUGACCUCACUGCCAUAUAUCAUAUCGACAAUUGUCCUCCUUCCACUCUCAACCACAACACCACCUCUACACACCUCAAUCCGCGACAGUCACACUUUUUCUCACCUCCAGCCGAUACCGGCAUUCCGACACACUCACACCGCAAACAUGUGCCCGACUCCAGAUGAUGCUCCGGCCACCAAUGGUCACGCCAAUGGCCACUCCAACGGCGUCAAUGGCACCAACGGCACCCACGACGGCUACCAAGCCAUCAAGACCAACCAAGACUCGCGCCCGCAAUCCUCCAACCCCUACGCACCCGUGCAAGACUUCCUCAGCAACGUCUCAAAUUUCAAAAUCAUCGAGUCCACCCUCCGCGAGGGCGAGCAAUUCGCCAAUGCCUUCUUCGACACCGAGACCAAGAUCAAAAUCGCCCGCGCUCUCGACGAAUUCGGUGUCGACUACAUCGAGUUGACCUCACCUGCCGCCAGUGAGCAGUCCCGUCUCGACUGCGAGGCCAUCUGCAAGCUCGGAUUGAAGGCCAAGAUCCUCACCCACGUAAGAUGUAAUAUGAGCGACGCCAAGAUGGCCGUGGCGACGGGGGUGGACGGUGUGGAUGUGGUCAUUGGCACGAGCAGCCACCUCAUGCAGCACAGCCAUGGAAAAGAUAUGACAUAUAUCAAGAACACGGCGAUUGAGGUGAUUGAAUACGUCAAGUCGCAAGGCAAGGAGAUUCGCUUCAGUUCGGAGGAUUCUUUCCGAAGUGAUCUGGUCGAUCUUCUCACCAUCUACAGCGCGGUGGACAAGGUCGGCGUGAACCGUGUGGGUAUCGCGGAUACUGUCGGAUGCGCCACUCCUCGCCAAGUGUACGACCUCGUCCGCACCCUCCGCGGAGUCGUCUCCUGCGACAUCGAGACUCACUUCCACGACGAUACCGGCUGCGCCAUCGCCAACGCUUACUGCGCCCUCGAAGCCGGAGCUACCCACAUCGACACAUCCGUCCUUGGUAUUGGCGAGCGCAACGGCAUCACUCCUCUGGGCGGCCUCAUGGCUCGCAUGAUUGUCGCCAACCCCGCCUACGUCAAGGGCAAAUACAAGCUGGAGAAGAUCAAGGAGAUCGAGGACCUCGUCGCUGAGGCCGUUGAGAUCAACGUCCCCUUCAACAACCCCAUUACCGGUUUCUGUGCCUUCACCCACAAGGCCGGCAUCCACGCCAAAGCCAUUCUCAACAACCCCUCCACCUACGAAAUCAUCAACCCACAGGACUUUGGCAUGUCCCGAUACGUGCACUUCGCUAGCCGUUUGACCGGCUGGAACGCCAUCAAGUCUCGGGCGGAGCAACUUGGCUUCAACAUGACUGACGCUCAGAUCAAGUCCGUGACGUUGAAGAUCAAGGCGUUGGCGGACGUGCGUCCUCUUGCGAUCGACGACGCGGACAGCAUUAUCAAGACGUUCCACUUCAACCUCUCGGCGGACAAGGAGAAGCCGCUGUUGGAGAUGAGCACGGAGGAGCAGAAGAAAUUCGCCAAGGCCGAGGCGGAGUUGAAGGGCGAGAAGGAGAAGAGAGAGUUGGACGAGCAGGCUGACGCGGAGGCGGAGGUGCCUGUCGCCAAGAAGACCAAGACGGCGGUGGUGUCAUAGAAGGAGCAUGGCUGAGGAUAGACGGCGGAGGUGUAUCGAUUGAGGAGCGCCGAGGGAAUGGCGAUGCUGUGGCAGAGUGUGACGCUCGACACGCCACGAGAUCCUGAACGAGUGGACGGCAUCUAAAAAAAGUCUCGGAGAUGUAUUCGUGAUGGGCGGUCUUUGUAUUUAUCAGGAUUGGCACACGGGGAAACGGCAGGCAGGACAGAGAAUCAACGACGAACGAAUUCGGCA